AUGCUUACACUUUUUAAUAGACCUAUAAAAUAUAAUUUUUUGUUUUUUUCAUAUUUCUCUAUACCUUUAUUUAUUCAUUUAUUUCAAAAUUUUUAUGUUUGUUUUGUUUUAUAUCCUUCAAAAUUAUCUGACCAAAUAAUGGGCCACCCAUAUAUAUGUACCUAUUUUAUUUUGUUAGUUUUAUUUUUUUUUUUAAGUAAAAAUUAUGUGUUUACCCUCAAAGCUCAUGGAAAUAAUAUCAACCAAUUUAAUACAAGGUUAGUAGCAUAUUCAAAAUAUCCAGAUUAUAUUAACAGUGCUAAUAAAAAAAACAAAAACAAAUAUUUUUCCAUUGGGUCUACUAUAUUAUAUUUAAAUGGUAAUGGAUGCAGAAAGAGAAAUAUUUAUAGUGCUAUAGAAAUUAAAAAAAUAAAAAAUUUAAUAAAAAAAAAUAUAAAUAAAUUUUUAAAAAAUGAUCAAGAUAUUAAUAAUAUUCAUCCAUUAAAAAAUAGCCUUUGGAAAAUAAAUACAUAUAAUUGUCUUUUACAAAAAAAAAAAACUUUUUAUAUCCAUAUUUAUGAAAAUGGAACAAUCAAAACUUCAGAUAAUUUAACUGGAUAUUGGUUUUACGAUAAUUAUCACAUAACUUGGUAUAUCGACUACCCAGAUCGAACAGUUUAUCACACUGCAGAGCUUGUGUGGAAUAACGAGCAAAGCAAAAUGGUGAAGGGGGUCAUUUACGAGGAGACAAAAAAAACAAGGUUCCUUCCUUCAUAUAUGUUUAGAAAAAUUUUAUACUCAUUUGAUGGUAGUAUACAUAUUAAUUAA